AAAGGAUAUCUUAAUAUGAUGCUUGUUUUUUAUUGCUCAAAUGUUGCUGCCAGGCCGGCAGAAAUCAAAGAGGGGAAAGCAGCCAGCGUCCGCUGGGCGUACGCCUUCCGUGGCCUCCCUGGGCCGCCGUCGGAGACGGUGCCACUGCGGGUGGUCCGGUGCCAGGCGGGGGGCCGUCUGGAGGAGCCGCUGGAGGUCCGGCUCACCGGUGGCCGAGGCGCGGCUGGACAGGAAGGAGGAGUGGUGUGUGUGGACGACUUCCAGUGCGAGGUGCAUUGCGAUAAUGAGGAGCAGCGCCGCUUGGUGGACGAGUGCGUGGCGGUCUCCGUCGCGGCCGCUUGCAUAGACCCUGAGUCUGGCGUUGUAGCGCUCACCGCCAACCUGGUCUACACACCUCGGGGACCCAACAGGUGCUCCGUGUUCUUGGCAGUGCGGUGUGUGUCCGGCGCACACUGGACCUUUCCCCUCACACUGGUCGCCACGGAGAAGGGGGUUGAUGACGAUAUCGCCGUAACCGCGGCCGGCCCGGGCAUCAGCUCCACCACGGGCCUCCAUCUGCACAACCCCAUCCGUGAUCUGGUGCUGGUCCAGGGUGCGGACAAGCGCUGGACCUAUGAGGUCCAAGGGACUCUCCCUGAGCCCGGCCAGGUCUCCCCGCCCCGCGCCCCCGUAUCAGCCAAUAGGAACCUUACAGCCCAGGAAGCCAUCAGCCCGGCCAAUAAACACACGCGGAACUACGUCACUCGGAACCUUCGGCUGCCGGCGCUGGCAAACUCCUCCCCUUUUAAAGUGACGUUUCAGAGAUAAAACAAACACCAGCAAAACAACUGCCUCAAACUCAUUCAUUACACAACUUUUUUUAACCAAGUCAUUACUGAUGUUCAGGUGUUUGAGCAGAUGUGGGACGAUCCCCACAAUGCAUUGCAGCCAGAACCCCUGAGCAGUGGAACACUUUACACAGUAUCCACGCUCAGGGUUAAGGUUCACCUGCUGUGCAUUAACCAACGCUUGACCCAAACUCCUCCAUUCUAUCUAUAGGGCUUGUCAAUCAAAAUGCAGCAUGGGAUUUUCUUGUUGCCAAUUUCUCCAUAUUUAUAGUCUUGCAUAAAAAACGCUUUGGCAGUUACAAACCUAACAUUGUCUCCUCAGAACGACACCUACCUAGCCACAAAACGGCCAAGCAUCACAUACGCUCGGUACUUCACUCACUGCAUUAGCAGCAGUCAGUUGACCCAGCAAGCGUGAUCACACACACACACACACACACACACACACACACACACACACACACACACACACACACACACACACACACACACACACACACACACACACACACACACACACACACACACACACACACACUACAUUGAAUGAAUAUUGUAUGUACGAUCAAAGCUGUUUCAGAUUAGUUCAAAACACACUGAAACACGUGUGGAACACACAGUUAAAGCAGAUUGUGUGUAAUUGGUUCAAGGUUAAUCAUACCACGAUACUGAGACCUUAACUGUUGAAAGAGUGCACACGCCUUGAUAAGGACGUUAAAGACAUUUAGAAUAGCUGUCAAAUAUGCCCUAAGUACAGGAAUGGGUCAGAGAAAGAUGCAGUUCCCCCAUGGAAGUGGCCAGAGCAGCCAUGGGAGUGUA